CUUGAAGAACAACUCGCGAAUGCCAUUCUCGUCCCAAAAUGUAAGGCAGGACUGGUAUGAGUGGCUAGAAAGACCAGUAACUCGCAAUCAGCUGAAUGAAUUCAAACAAGGUGUUGACAAAUUUUCUCUCUUCCGGAGGCAGGUGACAAUGACGGUGGAUAGCGACGAAGUUGGGGGCAGCUGAGGAUCUCUAUUAAAGAUGUUUCUCUCGCCAUAUGAGGGACAUAAUAAUACGCUUACUACAAUAGCUACCAACAAGAAAACAACUAGGAUGAAUUUCCUGGUAGGCGCAGUUCUUUGCUUCGCCGCUAUCUUUUGGAACGUACGUUUCCAAAAGCAAUACCACACAAAUCCAUACGACCAUCUCCUUCCUCUCAAAGCUACUACAUCAAACCCUUUGACAGUGGACUUGGGCUACGAGAUCUACAAAGGCUAUCACAAUCAGACGAGCAAGCUAAAUAUUUGGAAAGGAAUUCGCUUUGCAGCCCCACCAGUAGGGGAUCUCAGAUGGCAGAAACCUCAGACCCCAGCAGUGAACAGGAGCCACAUUUUGCCUGCUAAAGGGCCGACUCCUCAAUGUCCGGAAUUUGAUGCAACUCUCUCAUUUAAAUUUCCUGAUAUCCUAACUGGAGAUGAGGCCGCACUUCGUAAUGAAGAUUGCUUGUUUUUAGAGUUGUACGCACCCGAAGGCGCCAAGAAUUUGCCUGUUAUGGUCUGGAUCCACGGGGGCGGAUACGGAGAAGGAUUAGGAAAUUCCUCUGACCCCUCCGAUUUCAUGAACGCGAAUGACAAUGGGUUCGUUUCCGUGAUGAUCAACUAUAGACUUGGUCCAUUUGGAUUCUUGGCCUCUGAUGAAGUCCAUCGAUUUGGAACCGUCAAUGCAGGACUUUAUGACCAGACUUUAGUUCUCGAAUGGGUACAACAGUACAUUGAAGAUUUCGGUGGAGAUAAAUCAAAAGUGACCAUUGGGGGAUUGUCUGCGGGUGGUGGCUCUGUGAUGCUGCAAAGUCUUGCUUUUGGUGGAACGAGAGGGACCCGCUUGUUUGAAAACAUCCUUGCCGCCAGUCCGUAUCUACCUGAACAAUGGCACUAUUCCGAUUAUAUCCCCAGCCAAUCUUAUUACAGGUUUGCCGCCGAAGCAGGUUGUAUUAAUCACAUCAACACUACCACAUUCGAUUGUCUGCUGUCGAAAAACACUUCUACGCUCAUCCAAGCAGGUGAAUUCGUCUCUACAAACGGAAAAUACGGCACCUGGGGCUUCCUCCCGGUAACAGACGGCGAGUUCCUACUCGAACGCCCGUCCGAACAAUUACGGAAGAAGAAAGUCAGUGGCAAGAGAAUGCUUGCUACGCAUUCCGCAGAUGAGGGAGUACAGUACAGCCCGCAGAACAUCCUAACAGAAGAGGAAUUUCUGAAUCAUGUCCAUGUCAUGUUUCCACUGCUCAAAAACCACGAGUUCGAAGAACUGAUCUCGAUUUAUCCGUCGACCACCGCACCAGUGGAUCCUAGUAUACCGCAAUUUGCUACCACGGGCACACAUCCGCCUUCGGCUUUGAACGAAAGCGUGUUCGGUACGGGCCAGCAACAAAGAAUAAACAACUUAUACGGAGAAUCGACGUUCGUCUGCCCGUCCUACUGGCUCGCUGAAGCGUUCUCCGGCCACGGAAGAUCGGCAUGGAAGACACAAUUUUCAGUCGUGGAUGCGGAGCACGGAACUGAUGAAUUCACGAUCUUUCCACCCGACUUCCCAUCCCACGGACCAGAUCUGGAAUUAGCGAUGCGAAAAAUCUGGGGAAAUUUCAUCACAAAAAACAACCCCUCCAUCCCCCUCUCAAUCGCCAUCGGCGCCGCCGGAAACGCAUCCGACGCAUCUCCAGGCCUGGCGACCAUCGAGCAUUGGCCGAGCUAUAAUCCGUCUCGGCCGAUUCUGCUUAAUAUCAAUCAGACGGGAGGGGUGCUGGAGGAUCAUCUCUCGUUCGAGAAUAAGGUCGUGCAGUGGUAUGUCGAGCCAGGCCUGAAGAACAAUUUUGAGUUUGCGGAUGCGUAUGCGUGGGAAGCGGGGAGGGGUGCGAGGUGUGAUUUUUGGAAAAGGAUUGGGGGGAUUGUGCCGGAGUGA